ACCAUACGUCACCACCCACUACGAGUUCGCACACAUUCCAACUCCUUCUCAAUUACUCACACCAUUUACCAUCGAUCAUCGUUCACAAUGGCAUCAACGAGCGAUCUCGCAGAUUUGAAAACGCCGCCGGCCUGCGUUGCCGACUUCUGUCUCAUUCCACUAGGCACUCCGACAGCUUCCGUGUCCAAGGAAGUCGCAGAAGUCCAGCGCCUGCUAAAGAAGAGUGGCUUAAACUACUCGAUGCAUUCUGCGGGGACCACUGUUGAGGGCUCAUGGGACGACGUAAUGCGCGUCAUCGGUCUGUGUCAUGCCCUCCUUCAUCAAAACGGCAUUGUGCGGAUUCAGAGCGAUAUCCGGGUGGGGUCGAGGACGGAUAAGAAGCAGGGGUUCAAGGACAAGGUGGAGGCUGUGGAGAAGUUGUUGAAGGAGGAUGAGAAGUGAAGUGUCGUGUGACAAGGGGUGUAGAAUGAAUUCAGUUCAGAGCUCGAAGGUAUGCAACGGUUGUCGUGCCAUGGUCGCUAUGUACCUCGACAUGUUACACAGGCUAUUCAUCCACAACAUUUGCUCACGAUGAUACAAAGAUUCACAACAAAGGUCGCACAGGGAGUCGUCCCCGCGGAUUUUCUUGCCAAGGGGCUCAUUAGCGAUAGAAACCCCACCCCUUAUCGUCGAUUGGCUGUCUUCUACGCGACGUAGUAAACUUGUUAGGCAUGCUGGCUAUAAUGACGAUGUUAAGUAGCUUUCAGGGAGGAACAGGGUAUGUUUGCUGGCACACGCGCAAGGAGAGAUGAGGACGAGACAA